GGCUGCAGGCUGGCUGACUUUAGUGGGACGGCAGCGGUGGGAAGAUGUCCAACAACAUGGCCAAGAUUGCAGAUGCGAGAAAGACCGUGGAGCAACUGAAGCUGGAGGUCAACAUAGAGAGGAUGAUGAUCUCUAAAGCAGCAGCUGAGCUCAUGGCCUUCUGUGAAGCCCACGCCAAAGAGGACCCUCUGGUGACCCCGGUACCGUCAUCAGAGAACCCUUUCAGGGAGAAGAAGCUGUUCUGUGAGAUUUUGUAGCUCCUGCAUGUGUAAAAAUAAAUAAACAAAAACAUCAUCCUAGUAAAACUGUA